AUCAUUUUCUUGCAGAUAGAAUGGUAAAGACGGUAAAAAUACGAUGAUUAAUGAUCGUUUAAAAAAAUAGACAAUUACUUUGCAAAUAUAUUACAUUCUGUUUUAUCAUAAAAAUCAAUUUCAUCACAAUAAAAGAAUUUCUUUCAUACCUUAUUUCUCUUAAAUUCACGCAGAAAGUGACGGUGGCAAACAGAGCUUAUGCACAGGUAUGGCUUUCCCGAGACAGAAAGAAAAAGAGAACGGGCAGAAUUUCUAAUCCUAAAGAUUUGAUUGGAGGGACCCAUGUGCUACCUGGUUACUGUUACUGCGGGUGAUGAUGGUGUCUGAGUCUUGCAUCCAGCUGCCCUCUGGGCGGGGUCCGGAAACACGCAGCAGCAGCAGCCGCACACGUGGCGCCAUCUUGCAGUCCUCCAAACAUCGGUUCUUGAGUUGCCAACGAUUUGGUAAUAAGUAGUCUCUCCUUGCCAACGACAGAGGAUAACUGAUGGGCUAGGAGUUGACUGUAGGGAUGUCUGGAGGGAGUCAAGUGAGGUCUCUCUCUCUCACACUCACACACACAAACAUAUACACGCCAACAGAACAGACACACACUCGCACACACACCCGAAACUACACACGAACAUUCACGUAUACCCAUGCAUAAGUAUAAAAGUAAGGAAAGAAGAAGGACCGGCGCAGAUCUUUCAUCGGAGUAGACAGGAAUGGUUGGAAACAUCUAAGGUGAAGAACAGUUGCUGCACGUCUUCUGUCCUCCACUUCUCGCUUCACUGAACACCGACAACACCGCUCCAGCCAGGUGAUCUCAAGGAUGAGACUCGUGCGGUUGCCGGGUCCCUGUGUCUUGCUGUGCAUGACCGUCUUCAGCCACACCUCCAUGGCUUCGGGUGAGUGCGUCAAGGCGCACAAGUCCAUCCACUUCACGGUGCCCGGGUACAUCACGUACCCCAUUCAUACCAACGAGUGCCGCGAGACGGUGUCUUCGGUGAUCUCCCCUGUCGUGUCGGUCAACGCGUCGCACCUGAGCAUGUUCCGCCGGCACUACUCCACGUGCUGCUGCGGCAUCGACAACACCAGUCUCCAUGAGGCAGAACUGCUCAGUCUAGAUGGCCGUCCGUCCAUCAUUCUCCUGUACCGUCGGAUUGAAGAGUGUGUCUGCGUCUCCUGCGACGAUGUUUCCAGAGUCAGUCGUCGGCUACUUCCGGAAAUCGCCGAUCGCUUCCGAUCCAAGCGGCUGCAACUUGCCCGACAGCCAUCGCUCGCCACUCGCGGAGGUGCGGAGGCUCUCAGCGACAUCCUAGGGAUGUGAAGACCACGUGACCCUGUCUUGAGGCCCCUCGGUCCCC